UUUUCAAUUAUUAUACCAAAACUGUAUAUAUACGAUUUCUUUACCUAUCAAAGAUAAAUUUUAAAGCCAAUAUUUAUUUUUCAAUUUCAUGAGAGAUGUUUGAUUAGAAAUAAAAUAUUAGUUCAAGUUUGUAUCGAUUAAACGGGAAAAUGAUUACAGAUUUUUCGUUUAAAAAAAAAAAAAAUAUUUUUCUCUCGAGAACACUAUUUUGUAGAAACAUUUUUUUUUCUUUUUUUUUUUUAAUAGAUAUGUCGCGGUUUGCGAAUGACGGAAAGCGAUAAGCGCUCGGAAUUCUCGUUCGGUGGAUUUUCAUUGGAAUUCUGGCUAAUCCAGCAAGCAGACUGGCUUAAAACAAACGAGAAUGCAAUGGAAACAAAGCGUUUAAAUACAGGCAGUAGUAGGUGGGUAGGUUUUCAUCCCUCUUGGCGAAACAGCCCUUGAUAAAAAAAAAAAGAAAAAAGAAAAGGUUUCGAAAUUCUCAUUCUUUUGAUGUAUCACUCUUAAUGAUUUUUUUUAUUCUAAUUUUUUUUUAUAUAUAUAAAUAGAGAAAUAGAUUUAUAUAUAUAUUGUCUCGAGAAACAUUUUGUAUAGUGUGGUUUUGCUUGUAUAGUUGACCACAGUAUGCAAAGGGUGAACAACCCCUAUAUCGCGUUUCAGUGUUUCUGUAGUGGCUUACGACGACCUAAAUCUUAAAGAAAUGAAGGAGACGGUGCAGAUUAAGUUUAAGGGAGCUUAAAUGACGAGUGCUGUGUGAUUAAAAAAAAAAAAAAAAAAAAAAAGUGUCGCUUUAGUGCAUUAAUUCACGGAUCUUGUGGCCUAAAGAAAAAUUUCCAUCAGUGAAAUUGAAAUAAACAACAACAACAACGGAUAAAUAAUUGUGAAGUUCCCAAGUUUCAAUAUCUCUAGUGAAUUUUGAAGCUCAAAGUUUUUAUACUUUGAAUUUCAUGCUAUUUGUGGUGUUUUUAAAAAAUAUAUAUCUGCAUGUUCUUUCCAAAAUUAUCAUCUCUCUCUCUCUCUCUCUCUCUAAAUAUAUAUAAUUAUAAAAAUAAUAAUAAUAAUAAUACUAAUAUAAUAAUAAUAAUCGUGCCGUCAAAAAAACUGUUGCAACCGAUGAUGUUUACAACUCAACGACCAACUGAAUACUGUCAAUUACUAAUCGUUCAAGUUUUAAUCGUUAAAUUUUCAUAGAUGUUUACUAAGAAUUAAAAAGAAAAAAAAAGGAAAUUCGAUAUACAAUAUAGUGAAUGUGAGGUUAAGAAAUUAUUUGGCCUACAUAUAUGUGUUUUCUCUUUGGAAAAAAAUAAGACAUCAACUAUUGUACCUGGUUCUCUUCUGUAUUUGAUGUUUUUGUCCUUGUACUUGCUAUUUAAGAAAAUAUUGCCGAUUUCAAAAGAUCCCUGUUUCAAAAUGAGUGUUGAAGUUAAUUUCCGAUGACAAAUUAAGAACAAUCGUGAAAUCGGAAAUAAAAAAAAAAUAUGCUAGGAACAGAAUUUUAUCCUUCAAAAAUCGAAGGAACUUCAACAAGUGUGUUCAGUGUUUAUAAGAACAGAAUUUGUUUUUUUUAAUUAGUGAUUGAUUAAAAAACUACUUGGAUGAUUUUUUUUUGUAUACGGAGCUGCAAUAGUAAGUGAAAUUAUGUGAAGGAAAUAAGAAGAGAAAGACGAAAAAGAAAGAAAGAAGAAAACAAAAAGAAGAAAGAAAAGAAGAAGCAAAAAAGGCAGAAAAAGAAGAGGAAGAAGAAGAAGAAUGACAGAUGUUGUAAGAAGAGCACAAUAAAGAAAUAUAAAUUUGAGAUCCACUUGUCAGAAGCUGAUUUCGAUAUGGAGCUGUUCAAAUGCAACGAACUCAUAAACUGCUUUAACUUUGACAAGCACAAAGUACCUGCACUCGAUACCAAAGCGAAAUUCAUGUUCCUCCUCGGUCCACAAGGACGUAUUUGAUUUCCCUUUGAUUCCAAGCACGUUUUAGACCCUCGCGAUGAAUCGCCUUAAGAAACGUCAGGAGAUAGUUGAGUAGUGAUUGUAUUAGUUUAGGAGACAGAAGAAAACUUUUCUGAGUCACUGUGGACUCUUAAAAAAAAUAAAAAGAAGAAGAAGAAGAAGGUAAUAAACUAAGUUAACGGAAUUGAGUAUCAGGUCAAACAUGGAUUCGACAAAAUUAGGUGGUCCUACUACGGAUAGUCCAAGAUCACACUCGCCAGCACUUGCAAGUUAUGUGAUGACAACAGAUGGGAAUAUAGAUUACAUUAUUAGCGAUUACAUGGAGAGACUUGGAACGCGCCUUAAUAUACUUGAGACUGAGUUGAAGUAUGCCUGGAGGGCACUUGACCUAUUGAGUCAGGAAUAUAUUAAGAUGUGGCAGCGUUUAGAGAAAUUGGAGGGAUUGCUUUGUGAACAGCAAACUGUCAUCAGUCAAUUGAUUGAAUUUUACACGAGUGGCGGUGGAAAUCAUGAACGAGUCAAUACGGUUGAAGAAACAUUAGUUGAACAGCCAAUGAGAUCAGAAAGUGAAUUGGAUGCUAUAGAAAAAAGUCUUGGUGCAGCAAUUGGUAUUGAGGAGACAAGUGUAUUGAGGGAGAAAUUGGCACAACAGGAACUUGCACGAAUGAGAAAUUUAGCUCAAGACAAUGCCGUUGCGGCUGUUGUUAAUGAUAUACAAAGAAAUGUGAGAAAUUUAGAAGCGCUGGAAACAUUGGAAGAGGAGGAGGGAAAUAUGCCGGACGAGGCCUUUUACAGAAGUUUAAAUAAUGCCUACAGGGAAGAUCUUAUUUGUGGUGAUGUUUCGCGACCUACUUCACAAUUGGGAAUGAUUUGGGAGGAGGCUGAGGAAGUUGAGGACAGUAAUGGAAAAAAGGAAACUGAGACUACAGUGACUUUUGAGAAGACACCAACAUCGGUACAGGAGAAAGUGGACGAAGAGCCUAAACAGCAGACAAAAGAGGAAAUACAACAAAUAACCGUUAAGAAGGAAGAUGAACUCGAGGAAGAAGAGGAGGAGGAGGAAGAGGAAGAAGCCGAAGAAGAUGGUGAAAUUUUUAGUGCAGCUGACUAUAAGACUUAUCGAGGUAAUGCGCCAUGUGUAAGUGAACAAGAUCUUGCUCAAGUGUCAAGACUCAGUACUCUAGAUAAAGUAGCACUUGAGAAACUUAAAGAACUCGAUAGAUUGGAGACAAAACUUCAAAAGGACUCACAAAAUAUCAUUGAACUCCAAUCUAUGUUAAGGGAUUCUCCUAAACGGCAAUAUGCCACAGAGACUGAGGCUAAAUUAGCAGAAGAAGCAAGUAGCAUAGAGGAGCAAAUUAGAAAAAUCUACGCCGAACCGGACGUGGACAGUUGGAUGUAUUCAAAAAGUCCAGGAUCAACCGGCAGAUCAAUAUCUCGUGUUAGUACAGACAGUGGUUUGACAACUGAUGGUGAUUUCACGACCCGUUCAUUGUCACCAAGACUAUCGAGAAGUAAUAUGGAUUCCAUUUCUUCAAACUACACUCCUCCCCGCCUUGCCUAUUCUUCAACAUUACUGGAAAAAAGUCCCGAACCUGUUAUUCAAUUAGCAAUUGAUGUUGGUAGUUUUGCGAAAGGUUAUGCCGAAAACAAAGAACUGACCGACUUAAUGGUAGAAAGUUUUGCUACCGUUACGUGUGCUUCGCCUACAAUUUACAAUACAACGACAGAUAAAGUUGCAUCGCCAACACCUUCGGCAGGAAGUUUACACAGUUUACACAGUACCCAAAGUAUUCACAGUGUCAGAACACGACAAGACGGAUACUUUGGAAGUGCUGCAAGAUUAAAUUUAGACUUUCCCGAAAGUAGAACACCGCCGAGUCCUUCGCCAAGUUCGCCACCACCACCAGCACCUCACGAUCCAGCGGACAAUUUUCUUAUUUCCACUUCCGAUCAAAAGGACAUUGAUAUUAAGCGUGCUCCAAGUCCUGGUUUUUUGUCAAAGUCCGAUAAAAUGGUCCUGGAACAGGGACGACUGAGUCCACGUGCUCCACAUUCACCCAAAUCGCCUCGAGUAUCGCCCAAACAUUUGUCAAAACCAACGUGUAACAAUAAUAUCGUAGCAGCUAAAUCGGAUUCGGGUCUCUCGUCAAUGAGUGGCUGGAGUAGUCUCGAUAAAUCACCAAGUUCGCCAAAAAGUUCGAUCACCAAAAUGUUGACAUCUUAUUCAUUAGACCAUCCACGUUCACAACUCGCUCAGACCUCGCAGUCAAUAAGAACCGCAAGUCCAAUAGCUGCUAUUCAAGAAGCAAAAAGCUCAGUUAUCACUCAGGAACCUUUGUACGAUACUCCAGAAGGUAGAGAUGCUUUCGCCAACACUAAUGCGAGUCAAUACAAUGCAGUUGUCAAUCAUAUAUCCUCACUAUCAUCAGUCAAAUCACCAGCAAUUCAAGAUGAAUACAAUUUUGUACCACCACCAGCACCCGGUGUCUCCACCACGUGUCAAAGUCCCAAAAAACGUAAUCGCCAACUUAGUUUCGAUAAUAUUCCAUCAGAAAGUACAGUUGACUUUCUCUAUCGUUCAGAGCAACCAGCAAUAUAUUCCGUCGCCGGAAGUAAUCGUACUCAAAUGUCCAAUGUCUAUACCAGUGGUUCCGGUACAUAUGGAUCAAGAACCACAUCAACUGGUUACUAUCCGGACGCAAUGGAUCAAUUUGUUAAUUACGAUGGUUACAGUGCCUCACACUAUGGUGACACAACAUUAACAUCAAAGAAACCAAUACGUGCUCUAUCGUACGGCGAUUCAAUUUCCAAUCAUCACGAGGGUUAUAAGGCUGCAAUGUAUAGAAAUAUGUUCCCCACUGGCAAUAUCACUGACGCACUUUCCUAUUAUCCAACAAGCGCAAAUCUUCCACGAACUGAAACCGAGUCUUCCUGGCUAAAUUCAAUAGAAAGCCACAUACCUCACGACUCAACUUCCUCAAGUAUCAGAUCCAUGACAUCAGAGGGAAGCUAUUCACAGAGUCCAUAUACUGAUAGACGAUAUCCACAACCCCCAGCCUAUCAAUCCUAUCAUCACACCUAUUCAAAUCAAAGUUACGCACACGCCUAUCAACAACAAUAUCAACAAUAUCAAAUGACUCAACGACUUGCUGCUGCGGAAAAUGCCGAUGCUUUCCAACGGCAAUGGCCUCGAGAGCAUCAUUACACUCAGGAAAAUGAAACCAAAUCAACAAUCGAUCCGUCCCAACAACAAGGUGAAUUUUAUGACGCAUCGAGCGUUAUUGUUUCACAAUCAGGAUACAUAAGUAUUUCCGCGGACAUUAAAGAUCAUGAAUUAGAGAAUAACAAAAAUGCCAAAAAAAUACGACGAGGUUCAUCACUUAAAAAUGCCAUGAGCUCAAUGAGCAAUUGGCUUCCUGAUCUUCAUCUACCACGUAGACAUCGUAGUCAAUCUCUACCCGGUGGUGUUCGACGUGAGGACAUUGAUCAACAGGAUGCCUUAACACAGCAAAGAGUCGAAAUGAUGACAAACAGAGGUCGUGGAAGAGGCGCGAGGAAAAAGAAGAAAAAUUUAGUUUCCACUGUUUCGGGAAUAUUACAAAAAGCAAAACGACGCAAUCAUCAAUCGUCACAAUCACUCUCCGAUCCAGAACAAUCGGAAACUGAAUGGAGCAGCGGUAGGCAGAGUGGUUUAUCCGAGGAUGAAGAUAGUGUAAUGUCGGAUGCCAAUCAAGAGCCACCAAUGUUUGCCAAAGUCAAGUCAAGUAGCAUGAAGAGAAAAUCUCCCCAACAACAAAUUAUCGCUCAACAAGUUCAUAAUCAGCAGCAAAUACAACAACAACAACAACAAAUUCUUGGUCAACAACAAAUUCCAAUGCAUCAACAAACACAACAAUUGAUUCAUCAGCAAGCGCCACUGACACCACAGCAAAGGGAAUAUUUGCUUCAGGAACAGCAGCGUUUGCAGGAACAACAGCAGGCGCUACAACAACAAAUACAACAGCAUCAAGAGCAAUUACAAAAAAAAGUAGCCGAGGAAAAUUGGCUAAAGGAGAAGGAGAACGAACAACGAAAAUCCGAAUUAAGCGAAACUGAACUCUCCGAUCAAGUAUGCGGUGUCGAGGAAGAAGCUUCUGGCAAAAGUACUGGUUCGGGAUCAGGAGGUUCGACUAUAUUUCCAACUGUAGGUGAUAUUAAAAAAUCAACCGGUAGCUCGGAUGAAGCACCUAAUGAAAAAGCUCCUAAACUACCACCACUGAUGGGUGGUGCCAGUAUGGAAUUUGCUGUUUCUCGCGCUUUAGGAAAAUAUCGACAAAGACAAUCGUCAACAGUGUCCGAUGAACAGGGAAGCAAUGACGAUGGCAGUAUUGAUAAAAAAUCCGACGAAGGCAAUCAAUUGUCAAUUGACGCCAGUUUCGAAUAUCAAGAAGACGUUUCAGAAAAAAGUGAAAAAUCCAGUGGUACCAAAGGUCCAGAAUUAGUUACCAGUAUUUCCGAGGAGGCUCCACCUUCAGAAGGUAGUCCAUCAACGUCCAGUACAAGAGGUUACGGUCCAACGAUUGGCUGCACUCGUUUUUUACCCAGACAUCAACAAUCAUUGGAAAUCCCUUGGGCUGGUUCGCGAAGUGGCGAAGGUGAUGAGGACAAUAGAAGUACACAUUCGUAUCGUAGUACAUCGCGUGUCUCGUCACGACGUCAAAGUACCGAAGAUUCAAUUGAUUCCGAGGACGAAUGGUAUUGUUAUGAAUUGAGAAAACUCGAAGAACUCGAGAGGCAGACACAAGUUGAAAUUGAUAUGGGUCAAGUUCUCGUUGAGGUACCAGAGGAAAAUGAACCCUUCCAACCAGGCGAGGAAGUUAAAGAACGAAUGUCAUUUGUACUUCGUGAAUUGAAACUUAAAGCAAAACCCAAAGAAAUAGAGGAAGAAGCAGAAGAGAAGCGUGAUUUAAUGAAAGAGGAGACGCAAACAAUUAAAAUGAAUGGAACAAUUGUGGGACGUGAUCGACGACUUGAAAAUGGUGAACGUCAUCGUGAUGGUAAACCAUUUCCAAAAAAGAAACCAAUCGAAAGUAUUGAAUCGGUUUUUGCCCGUGUCACCGAUUAUCAUACCUGGGCACAUGAGGAGGCGGCAAAAAAGGAUAAGAAAACAAUACCAAUGGAGGAGGGUUCUUCUGGUGAAACAUCGGGACCCGAUAGUCCAGUUCAUUCAAUGGAUGAGGAAGAGGAUGAGCUGCACAAGGAUCUUGAUGAACAUCAGUCACGUAGAAGUUCCAGUGGUUCAACACUACGACACAGUGAGAAGCAUCUGCAGGGCUCCGAUUCGCUGUCGCGUGAAGGUAGCGUAAGUGUACCACCUAGCGAAGUUUCAGUCAGUAUCCCUGGUGGUUGGGAUUCUGAAAGCACUGUCCUUGAAGGCGAUCGAGAUGGUGCCGGUAGCGCUGAAACUGGUACCACGGCCACGCUGAGUCUUCCCAAAAUCAAAAUUGACUCAUCGUCAUGCGGCAGUUCGGAUACAACACUGAAGGAGGGGCAAAUCAGUCCUGGUCCACCUGGUUCCAAAUGGAAGCUGCUCAAGGCACUCAAGGAGAGGAAGGCUGAAGAAAAACUCAAGGAGGUCGAAGACGCCUCUAAGGAAGCUGCUGCCCUUACACAAGGUCCCACGGCAAAUGGCAGUGGUCCUGGAGGCGAAUCUGGUGGAAGAGCAAAUGGGCAUCCAGGAGACAAUCCCUUCUACAGCAAUAUCGACAGUAUGCCGGACAUUCGACCUCGCCGGAAGUCGAUACCACUGGUCUCCGAGCUGACAAUGGCUGCAACCAAGCGAAGUCAUGCUGCCGGUCUAACUUCCGCUGUACCUCGAGCAACUUUAAACGACGAAGAAUUGAAGAUGCACGUAUACAAGAAAACACUUCAAGCAAUGAUUUACCCGAUUUCGUCAACGACUCCUCACAACUUUGUCACUUGGACUGCCACUUCUCCAACCUAUUGUUACGAGUGUGAAGGAUUGCUUUGGGGCAUUGCGAGACAAGGCGUGAGAUGUAUGGAAUGUGGUGUCAAAUGUCACGAAAAGUGCAAGGAUCUUCUCAAUGCUGACUGCCUUCAAAGAGCUGCUGAGAAGAGUUCGAAACAUGGAGCAGAAGAUAAGGCGAACAGUAUUAUCACCGCCAUGAAGGAGAGGAUGAAGCAGAGAGAACGAGAGAAACCGGAAAUCUUCGAGCUAAUCCGCACUACGUUUACAGUCGACCCGGACACUCACAUUGACAGCCUCGACCAGGCCGAACAGAUGGUCCUUGAGGGUACAAGCAAGUGGUCCUGCAAAAUCGCUAUCACAGUGAUCUGCGCUCAAGGAUUAAUUGCCAAGGACAAGAGUGGAACAUCCGAUCCUUAUGUCACAGUUCAAGUGGGAAAAGUAAAGAAAAGAACGAAAACCAUGCCACAAGAAUUGAAUCCCGUUUGGAACGAGAAAUUUUACUUCGAGUGCCAUAAUUCGUCAGAUCGAAUAAAAGUUCGAGUGUGGGACGAGGACAAUGACCUGAAGUCGAAAUUGAGGCAAAAGCUAACGAGGGAAAGUGACGAUUUCCUGGGUCAAACGAUCAUCGAAGUACGAACAUUGAGCGGUGAAAUGGACGUGUGGUAUAAUUUGGAAAAAAGAACUGACAAAAGUGCAGUCUCAGGUGCAAUCAGACUUCACAUCAGUGUGGAAAUCAAGGGCGAAGAAAAAGUGGCACCUUAUCAUGUUCAAUAUACGUGUCUUCAUGAGAAUCUCUUUCACAGUCUUUGCGAGGGUAACAGUGGAAUGGUCACAUUACCCCAGGCACGGGGCGAUGACGCAUGGAAAGUGUAUUUUGAUCCGCCUGGCGAAGAGCUUGUCGAUGAAUUUGCUAUGCGUUAUGGAAUUGAAAGCAUUUAUCAAGCAAUGACGCACUUCCACUGUCUGUCAACAAAGUACCUUUGCCCGGGAGUCCCGGCAGUGAUGUCAACUCUCUUAGCAAACAUUAAUGCCUACUAUGCUCAUACAACAGCAAGUUCUGCCGUCUCAGCCAGUGAUAGAUUUGCCGCCAGUAACUUUGGGAAAGAGAAAUUUGUCAAACUACUUGAUCAAUUGCACACAUCAUUGAGAAUUGAUCUUUCAAUGUAUCGUAACAAUUUCCCAGCGUCGAGUCAAGAGAAAUUAAUGGAUUUAAAAAGUUCAGUUGAUUUAUUAACGAGCAUAACAUUCUUUAGAAUGAAAGUACAAGAACUGACAAGUCCACCACGUGCAAGUACAGUUGUCAAAGAUUGUGUUAAAGCAUGCCUUCGUUCAACAUAUGAAUUUCUCUAUGGAAAUUGUUAUGAGCUUUAUGCUCGUGAAUUUCAAGUUGAUCCAAGUGAAGCGAAACGUGAUCCUGAGGAACGUGGCCCAGGCGUGGAAUCUCUCGAUUUCUGGCAUAAAUUAAUAGCACUCAUUGUAUCAGUGAUUGAAGAGGAUCGUACGAGUUAUGCACCGGUACUUAAUCAAUUCCCACAGGAAUUGAAUAUCGGUCAAUUGUCGGCGGCAACUGUCUGGUCAUUAUUUGCCAUGGACAUGAAAGGUUCUUUGGAUGAACAUGAACAAGUGAGAAAAUGCAAGUCAUCGGCUUACAUGAAUUUACAUUUCAAGGUGAAAUGGCUGUAUACAAAUUAUGUUCUCGAUGUGCCUCCAUAUAAAGAUGCUGUACCCGAAUAUCCCGCGUGGUUUGAGCCAUUUGUCAUGCAAUGGCUCAAUGAAAAUGAUGAUGUGUCUUUGGAAUAUCUUUAUGGGGCCUUUAACAGAGAUAAAAAAGAUGGGUUCCAAAAGAGCAGUGAACAUGCACUUUUCAGCGUUUCUGUAGUUGAUGUAUUUACACAAUUGACUCAAUGCUUUGACGUCGUAUCAAAAUUAGAAUGUCCCGAUCCUGAAAUAUGGAAGAGAUAUAUGAAAAGAUUCGCAAAAACGAUAGUCAAAGUUUUAGAGGCAUAUGCAACAAUUGUUAAACAAGAAUUUCCCAGUCAUCUUAAAGACGAGCGCAUUGCUUGCAUUCUAAUGAAUAAUAUUCAGCAAUUGAGAGUACAAUUGGAGAAGAUGUUUGAAUCGAUGGGUGGUGAAAAAUUGGAGCAAGAUGCAUCAGAUAUAUUGAAGGACUUGCAACAACAAUUAAAUGGAGCCUUGGAUGAUCUUGCAAUGCUCUUUGCAAAGAGUCUUGAACCAAGAAUAACAGUAUCCGUCCGAGAACUUGGAGACUUAUUGCUAUCGAUAAAGGGCGGUGCACAAUUAAAUCAAGCAAAUCAAAGGAAUAAUAUUGGUAAUGUUAACGCGGAAGCUGACGAGGUAUUGAGACCAUUAAUGGAUCUUCUUGAUGGAAGUUUAUCACUCUAUGCCCAAUCCUGCGAGAAGACUGUGCUCAAGAGAUUGCUCAAGGAAUUGUGGAAGAUUGUCAUGAGAAUUCUUGAGAAAACUGUUGUCCUCCCACCAAUGACUGAUAAGAGUAUGAUGCUCAAGAACCUGACAGACAAUGCAAAGAAUUUGGCAGCGAACGCAAAGAUCGAGGAUAUGUCGAGGUUAUUCAAGAAUCACAUGGCAGGCAAACCGGAUGUGAAAGGAGCAUUUAGUGGUGUUAUGGAGGUGGAAAAGAAUUUAUCGCCAAAACAAUGUGCAGUUUUGGAUGUUGCCUUGGAUACAAUUAAAAAUUAUUUCCACGCAGCUGGUAAUGGCCUGAAGAAGACCUAUCUUGAAAAAUCGCCUGAACUACAAAGUCUUCGAUAUGCAUUGAGUUUGUACACACAAACAACGGACACACUCAUUAAAACCUUCGUUACAACACAAGUCCAUCAGGUGCCUCUGAACGAUGCGACAACUAUGAAUCAACGUCAGCGCUCGAUGAGCAGUGAAAGGGGUGACGAUGGAGAGGGACUCGAGGGUAUGGAAAGCCUCGAGGAACCUCUUCGCCAGAGCAAACCUCCUCUCCGUCGAGAGAGUCGACAAGAUACCGCUAGUUCUGAUGAAGGUUCCGUGGGUGAAGUAAGCAUCCAAGUCGAUCUAUUCACACAACCUGGUACCGGAGAACAGAAAGUUAGCGUUAAAGUUGUGGCUGCAAAUGAUCUGAAAUGGCCCGAAGCUGGUGGAAUGUUCAGGCCAUUUGUUGAGGUGAAUCUAAUCGGUCCACAUCUAGCCGACAAGAAAAGAAAGCACGCCACCAAGUCAAAGAGCAAUAACCUGUCACCGAAGUUCAACGAAACCUUCCAUUUCAUUAUUGGAAGCGAUCAAACACUUCUUGACUAUCUCGAGUUGCACAUUUGCGUGAAAGAUUAUUGCUUCGCUCGUGAUGACAGACUAGUGGGAGUAGCAGUAAUGCAAUUGAAGGACAUCAUGGAGCAAGGCUCGUGUGCUUGUUGGUUGUCAUUGGGUAGAAGAAUUCAAAUGGACGAGACGGGUUGGACAAUAUUGCGAAUUCUUUCGCAAAGAAAUAAUGACGAUGUUGCCAAGGAAUUUGUCAAAUUAAAAAGCGAUAUCAGACAGGAGAAUCCACUUCCAAAUCCAACUUGAAGCAUUAAAUCAACGGGUGCCAAGUAAAUUAACAACAGUACAACAAGUACAACUGAAUCCAUUAGGCUUCGAAAGAGCCUGAAGGAGAUAAUAAAGGGAAGAGUGACAUUGUGUGUGUCCAAGUCCCUUUCAAGAGAAAUGACUACUGGACCCUUAAGACUGUUGAGUGGUGGAGAGAGGGGUCCUUUCAAAAUGCACAAAGCCUUGCCAAAAAGAAGACUGAUAAGAUCCACACUUCGAGUAUCAGGAAAACAUGUCAACAAAACUCGGAACUUCUCCAUGAUGUUUUUUCUUCGACAAUUAUUUUCUAUAAAUUGGAUCUUGUCCAUUGACUAUAUAGUUCUUCCCACUUUUUCUACGAGAGCUUGAAGAAAAAGCGUGAAUCACUGAAUACAUCCAAAAAAAAACAACAAGAAUUUAGCCAAGACACAAUGUAAAAUAGAGGAGCUUUGGAUUAUUCUUCGUCGAGGCGCAUAAAGAAACGAGUGUUUAAUACAUACACACUUGAAGGUGAAGAAAAUACUGCUGCCAGUACGCAAUAUUUUUAAGGUAAAAGUGAAUCUAAGAUCGAUAAAUAUAAAAGAUUUAAGUGCGUUGAUAAAAUAAUUAAAAAAAAAAAAAAAAUCGAGAGACAUUUUGCCACUUUUGCGAACACUAGUGGCGAGAAACUCGAAAAAUUAUAUUAAGUAGUUAAUUUUAAGUAAUAAUAAUAAUAAAAUAAUAAUAAUAAUAAUAAUAAUAAUAAUGAGUCUUCGAGACGACUCAUAACAAGGCACACACUUACAACAAUUUAAGUAUGCGUCUUUUAAGAAUGAUGUAAUAAAAUAAGGAAGUUGACGCUGAGUGUAGAAUACGUUUUUUUGCUCAUCUCUACGACCACUUCCUUGUAUUUAAGAAAGAAUGAGUUCUAAUGUAGAUAUAUAUAAUGAUCGAUGCGUUGUUGACGAAGAAUUUUUUCUAAUAUAAAUUAAGGUAGCAUUGCGUACGACCAAAUAGGCGCAUCUUGGCGACACUCAUGAUGCGCCGCUAGUUAUAUAAAUAUAGACAUAUUAACAAUGUAAAGAAUGUUCUUAUCGUAAAAAGAAAGAAAAAAAAGAAAAAAGAAAGAAGUAUCAAGUCGAAAAAAAGUCUGUCUGCCGCGAUGAAUGAGAAUAAAUUUUUUUUGUUUGAUAUUUCUUCAUCUCGUACAAAUGUCGUGAAAAUUUAAUUCAAUCGUUACAAGAAUUUAUUUUUUAAUUAAAAAAUGUUUCGAACUAAUUUCUAGAAUUUAUGAAUUUUUGCCUUCUCAAUUUUACCUAUUUAUAAUUUGUGUAACAAAUUUUAAUUAUUAUUAAUUAUUUAAUUUUUAAUAUCAUUAAUUCUAAAAAUAUGUUAAUAUGAAAUGAAUUUUCCUUUACUUGGACACUAAAUUAUAAUGCGUUGAUUAAAAAUAAUAAAUUCGAUUUUAUAUAAACUAACGAUGUGCGUACGAGAUAAAGACAAUCACAUAAAAACACACAAAUUCCGAGAAACACAAAUGCACGUUUACUUUGAUUGAAUUUCAUCGUUUCAUCAACAAUAAUCCAAAAUCUUAAAUAGUCUCUUAACUGUGAGAUGAAAAAAAAGAAGAUUCUUGACUCGAUCCAAUUUCUACUUCGUAGCAUACAACAAGAAAAAAUUGUGUCUAGCAUUUAUCGUUAUAUAACGUAUAGCUACGAGUCCAGCGCGGAGUAUAUCAUUAUGCAGAUUUACAGAACUAAUGCGAGCUAUAGUAAACGUUACAAAUUACUUUUCUCAUUUUUUUUUUAUCAACGAUUUUUACUAAAAUAAUACUAGAAUAAUUUUUUUUUUGUAAAUAUUUCUUCUAAAUAUCCCCCCCUCCCCCAAGAAAAAAUUCGUCGAAUAAAAUUUUUCUCAGAUACCUCAAUUUCGUCAUCAUAAAUAUAUAUUUAUUAUUUUUAUUUCUUUGUUAACUUCUCCGCUGCCUAUUAAAAUAUGGAUGUAGAGAUAUAUGAAAAAGGCUGCAUUUAAAGUCGAUUUGUUCCUCAACGUUCAAAUGUGAUAAAAAAAAUGUUCUAAUUUAUAAAUUAAAUCGGUUUUAAAAUAUUUUCACUAUCGCAGUUGUACGUUGACAAAUUAUCGAUUUAAAUUUUCUUCUUACUCUCAGCUUGGAUUCUUAUCUUGUAAGCUAUAUAAAAACAAAAUAUCUCGUGUAUUCUGUGAUAAUUACCCCUUAAAAAAAUAUACACGUUAACAUUCUUUAUAUGUAUACACAUCAGCAUUCUAAAAAAACAAACAAACAAACAAAAAAAAAACACUGUAUACACUCUGUACAUUGACACACUAAAAACAUUUCCAUCCCAGUAGAAGGAGUAUUUUUCUCUUAUAGGAAAACCAAAAAAAAAAAAAAAACAUUUUGAAUCCUAUAUUCUAUACGUAUAUCACCCAUGACGCGAUAAGCGAAUAAAAUAACUUGUGGCAAUAAUUGCAAAUAAUCUAAGAGAAUUUUAAAAGGAAAAUUUUCAUAAAUAUUCGAUAAUUUUCAAUAGUUUUUUUUCUUAAUUUCCUAAUUUCAAAAUUUAUAUUUCGUUUUCCAAUAUAGUUUUCUCAAAAUGUAAAGGCAGGAAUAAUUUGUAUUUCAUUUUCUUUUGCCUCGAAUAUAAAUUCGAAUCUAUCUUAUACCGAAUUUUUAUCUUGAACAAAAUUUCCUUUUAACAGAUUUUUUUAGUAAAGAAAUUUUUUAACAGAAUUUUUAUAUGUGAAUUCAUUUGCUAUUUAUAUGAACUUUAGCAGAAUUAUUACUUGACAAACAUUUUAAAUAACCAACUUAUAUCCGGAAUUUUUCUUGAAGUCUUCAAUCUAUGAACUGUAGGUAAAGUAGAUCAUUUACGCGGUAAAUUUGAAAAAAAAUUUAACAAUACUAAAAAUAGGAAUAAAAAAUUUUGUUGUCUCAACUCCAAAAAAUAUAUUAAGUUUAAAGAAGAAACAAAAAAUUAAAAAUCAAAUAAUAAUUAAAUAAAAAUCGUGGUAAAAAUUUAUUGAUAAAGUGAAAAUUUUUAAAAUAACUUAUUGAAAAUUAUGUCGAUAUGUAGUAAAGUAAGAAUAAUAAUUAUGAUGAAAAUAAAAACACGAAAAAUAAUUAUGUAAUUGAAAAAAUACAAUUUUGAAUUAAAUUCAAUUAAUUAUCGAAUAUCUUUGAAAUUUUUCUUCUAAAAUUCACUAUAGAACAAUAAAACCAAAAAUGAAGAAUAAAUUAUGCGAAAAUAGUGGGUCAAAAAAAAAAAAAAGAAUAUUACCCAUAAAAAUAUACACAAUUGUUGACAAUACUAUGCUUGAAAAUCAUAUGGCGCGUAUGUACUGUACCUAAUAUAUGAAAAAUAAAAAAAAACAAGAGAAUGCUUGUGUUUUUCGUAAGUAAACAUGUGACUGAGUGUUUAUUAGGUAUAAUUAAAAUGCGUACCUUGAUUUUUGUCGCUCAUGGUGAGUGUUAUACUACUUGUUAUGAAAAAAAGAAAUAAUUUUUUCAAAAUGAAAUCAUGUCAUUAUACACACUUUUGAAAUCUUAUAAUAGACUAUCCGCAGUGUAAUUGUAUCCCAUACCAAACACGCACAUUCACAAAUGUACAUUAACAUUUAUCUAUUACUUUUGAAAAAAAAAAAAAAAAUUUUAUCAUUAAUAAACAAGUUCCUUUCGUUCGUUCACUCGCUCUAGAAUGCUCUCUCUCCGAAAAUUUAUUGCCAAAUGAAAAAUAAUUAAAUUACUAUAAAAUUUUAAAUACUCCAUUUUUUUUUUAUAGUAAAUAAAAAAAAUAGAAAAUUCAGAUUUAAAAUUUUUAAAUUCAUAUAUGUACAGUUUUUUUAAACUUUCAUCUAUAAAUUUAAAAAUAUUUUAUAUAAAUAUAGACAUUCUUUUUGUCUUUAAUCAAUAAACACAUAUCUAUGACAAAUAUUUUGAAGAUUAUUAUUAUUAUUAAUAUAUAUUAUAUGUAUGUAAAAAUUAUCUUAAAAACUUGAACAAAAACGAUAAAUUUUUAUUGUAUCUCUAUUGUAAAAAAAUGAUUUUUAUAUUUUUAAAUUACAUUCAAAUAUUUUACAAAAGAAUAAUCUAUAAAAAAAAAUGUAAAAAAAUUAUCUUAAAAUUGUAGUUUUUAAUUUUCGAAUUGGGUAUUUUUUUUGUCAAUACUAGAUGCAAAAAUUAUAGAAAUCAAAUUCGCGUGAAAAAAUUUACUUUUCUUUCGUUUUAUUUGCACAAUUAAAAAAUGAGCAUAUUCGAGCUAAUUCUGUAUAGUUAUGACGGGGUGUGAAUAUUUAAAAAUAGAAACAUUAAUUUCAUCAAUUAAUUCUAAUUCAAAUUUCAUUUCAUUAUGUGUACAUUUAGGGUGUCCUAAAAAAAGAAUAAUUUUUUUUCUUACAUCCAUUUUCAAUUAUUUUGUGAAAAAAAAAAUUAUAAAUUUCGAAAUUUUUUUUUAAUAUUUAAACUCUGAUGAAUUUACUAUUUUGGAUUUUUUGCAAUCUGUCUUCAAAAUCACAAUCAAUGCAAAAAAAAAAAAAUUUGCCUGGAACAGCGAAAUAUUUCACUAGAAUAGCAAAAGUUUUCUGUUGUUUCAGUUAAAUCUUUCGCUAUUCUAGUGAAACUUUUUUUCCGUGAUACAAUUUUUUUUCCACUUUAAAUGAAAAAAAAAUAUGUAGGUGAAAAAAAAAAAAUUUUUUUACACCCUAGUGUUCACGUAUUACGAAAUGCAUAAAACUUAAAUCCAUAAAAUUUCGAAAAGUAAUAUAUUGACAUAAAAUAUUCAUAUAUUAUAUUAUAAAUAACUAUAGCAGCAAAGCCUAGAAAAAAAGGACAAUUUUGCUACGUCAUUCGUACACAUAGAUAAUCGAGACUAGAAUUUAGAAAACAGCAAAAAAAAAAUGUGUUUAAAAAAUAAAAACGAGUGUGAGUGAGCGAAGGAAAGAUAUGAAUAUAAUUGCAUAAUAAAAAAAAUAAAAUAAAGACAGUAAUAAAAGAAAUCGAUUUUGAAUCACAUACGAAAUGAAAAAGAAAGUUCUCGGGAGGAAUAUAAUAUAUAUUAUACAGUGACGGUAUGAAUAUUUAUUGACUUUUUUAUUUUUUUCUAUUUUGAAAAAUUUACAAAAAAAAAAAUUCUCAUUUUUAAAUUAAAAUUAUUGUUCUUUAUAUUUAACGAAACGUUUCAUAAAUAUUCAUACCCUAUCUAUAUUAAAUUAGUUAAUAAUUAGCAGAAUUGAAGAAUUGAUGUCAUAAACGUAGCCGUAGGGUGGAAAAUUGAAUUUUUUUUUUAUUAAAACCUCAUUUUCAGCCCGCAGCUACGCUUAUGAUUACAAAGACAGAAAAGAGAAAGAGAAAAGACUUUAAAAAAAGUUGUAAAGUAUUAAGAAUUGUAAGAAUAGAAUUGUAAGAGUGAGAGAGAGAGAAAAAAAAAAGUUGUACGAGUAUAAAAAGAGUAUAUUGCCGUUAAUCAUUAUACUGUGCCGUGUUCCAUAUCAUUACAUCUUAUAUUGAGAAGAGAAAAAGAGAUUAAAUUAUUACUCGACUACAAUAAGUCUAGCUAGAUAGAAUAUUAUUAUUUUUAAUAUUAAAAAUAAUAUUAUUUUUAUUAUUAAUCUUAAUAUUAUUUUUUUUAUCCGAUCUAUGAGUGAACUAGUGAAUAAAGUUGCUUGGAAAAAAUGUAUUAGCAAAUAAUUGGACAAUUUUUGUGAGCAGCAAUAUUGUACAACUAGCGAAAAAAAACCCCUCAAGAUCUCUCGACUGUAGUUGAUAAUUAAUAAAUCUUCCCCCCACUACUGUUUGCAAAACUUCUCUUUGUUCCUCUCUUUGGAAAAAUAAUUGAUCGUUUGUUAUAGUAGCUUUCAGUAGUUGUUAGCUAGAGAGACCUUGCGGGGUUCAAAUAGAGAUUGAGAAGAAGACUCGGAUAAAGAUAUAAAUAUAUAUAUAUAUAUUAUAAUCACAAAAUACGAGACCUCAUCUCACUCAUUUCAAAAUUUCUUUAAAAAAUCAAUUUUUUUCAAAUACUAAUCUUCUUUUAUUUCUAAGCAACACUGAUAUAACAUCUGAAAGUGUAAAAUAUCACAAAAAAAACCAAUUCGUAUAAUCGCAUAAUUUGCACAUACAAUUGCACAUAUUAUACAUAUUAAUGAAAAAGAAUAUUUGUACAGAGAAGCGGUUUAUAACGAUACUCGAAAUCUCAACUUUCUUAUAACGAUACAAUUUCAUUAUUUUCUAAUUAUAUAUAUUUUUUAUUCUUUCUUUUUUUUUAAAAAAAAAAAGGAGUAAGAAUCUUCGAGUUCGUAACACCGUCUAUGAUUCCUUGUUUUAUUCAAAUCCAACCGUCUUAUCAAGUGCACUAUUAAAAAAAAAAUAUAAAUAUAUAUAUAUUAAGAUCUUGAAUGAUAAGAAAAUAGGCGAAAAAAAGGAAAAAGCAUUUUGAAACAAGGAAGAAUAAAGAAACAAUUAUGUAAUUUCAAUUCAAAAGCACACCACCCGUUCUUCCAAGUCAGAUUUUAUUAUUAUUAUUAUAAACGUUUGUAAAUAAAUGCGCGUGAUCUUCUUUGGUCCAGCUUUUGAUCCGAUAUAGGUAUACAUAUGUAGCACACGCAAACAAAAAAAAAAAGAAAACAUUUUGCCACUCGUCGUUAUAAUUAUUCUUCAGACAUUUAUCCGCACUAAAAAAAAUCUCCUCUAUAUUUAUUCUCCCGGAAAAAAAUAUACCGCAUAUCGGCUGGGUACGGUGUGAUUGAAACUAAUAAUGUUUUACAGUCGUUCUCGUAAUUAUUCAUUUAAACCAAAAAAAAAAAGUUAUAAAUGAUACGUUCUUAUGAGCAAUUUAUAAAUUGUCGAAAAACUA